CAUUGGACACAAUUUUGAUUGAAACUAAAUUUGACCAACAGAAUGCCCGCCACUACUGUACUGACGCUCACAAAAAAAAAAGAACAGUAGCUAGGUUUUUUUAUUUAAUUUUUUUAACAGUAGCAGCUACCUCUUUUACAAAUAGGAAAACAGUACUUAUUUUUUUAACUCACUUGUUCCAUGGCUUAAAAUCCAUUAUACCGGACAAAUCAGCUGUGGACGACAAUACACACUGUUGAGGGCUGCUUUGGUCCAGAGUUGACUUACACUUUUGGAUGCAUGACGAGAAUCUGAAAGAUGACGACCGAGACCCACGUCAAGGACAUCAAGCCAGGACUCAAGAAUCUCAGUGUUAUCUUCAUCGUACUCGAAACAGGACGAGUGACAAAGACAAAGGAUGGGUAUGAGGUGCGGACCUGUAAGGUGGCCGACAAGACAGGCAGCAUUAGCAUCUCAGUUUGGGAUGAGGUGGGGAGACUGAUCCAAACCGGUGACAUCAUCAGACUCACUAAGGGAUAUGCGUCUGUGUUCAAAGGUUGCCUGACUCUGUACACGGGUAGAGGUGGAGAGCUGUGGAAGAUUGGAGAGUUCUGCAUGGUGUAUUCAGAGGUGCCAAACUUCAGUGAGCCUAACCCAGAGUACUCUAACAUGGACCAGAUGAAAAACAAGACUGUAGUCGGUGACCAAGGAAACAUACUGAACAACAACAAUAACAGCUCAGCUGGAAAUGAAACUACCAAUGGGAACGGUGUAAAUUCUCAAGGUUCCGGGAGCUCGGCUAAUCCUCAGCAGGGAGGGCGGGCUGGCAGUGAUGUUGGCAGCAGAGCAGCCAAUCCAGGAGCAGGAGGGAUAGCUGUCAGCAAUGGAAAGGAGACUAGACGUUCAGCGAAAAGAUGAUUGGAGCAGAAGGAAGCAAAGUCCAUCCCUCUCCAGAAAUGUCAAAUGAUGAGAGACUAAUGCUGCGUUCGAAGUGGAAAUUUACCACCAUAGAGUUAGAUAGGACUCUAACUGGACAAAACCCAUUUUGGCAUGAACCAUUUUAAAGUAGUCAACUGGGUGGGACUUCCUAUGGGUAAGGAAGCAUCACAUGAAGGAUGAUGGACAAGUUUUUCACUAGUAAUUACCAGUUGGAGGGCUGUUCGUAUGUGGUAAACGUUAAGAAAUUGUAUUUUAAUUAGGUUUGUUUACAAGGAACAGAGUUCACUAAAGGUUAUGUAACAAACAAGAAAAAGUAUUUGUGAGAAAAAUAAUUGUUUUCAUUUUCUUUCAUUUUUUUUUUUACAAUUAAGCUGCUUAAUGGGAAGCCAUAAUGUAUUUUUCAAAGUCAAGCAGUUUACACUGAGAUGUCUAAAAUAUAAAAUUACUCUUUUAACUAA